GAGAGAGAGAGAGUUGAGAACUUAAAAUGGCUAAUCUUACUCCAAGAUACCAGUUCUUGUUGGCUUUGCAGUUCCUUCUGUUAGUCAGAGUUUGGUGCUACCAGUACAAAGUUGGAGAUCUAGAUGCUUGGGGAAUACCAACUUCAGCAAAUCCACAAGUCUACACCAAAUGGUCAAAAUACCAUUCUUUCAAGAGUGGAGAUUCUCUCUUGUUCUUGUACCCACCAAGCCAAGACUCAAUGAUUCAAGUCACUGAGCAAUCCUACAAGGACUGCAACCUCAAAGAUCCGAUCUUGUACAUGAACAAUGGCAACUCUCUCUUUAAUGUUACUACAGAAGGAGUUUUUUACUUCACAAGUGGAGAGCCUGGCCACUGUGGGAAGGGCCAGAAGCUCUACAUUGCUACAGGGAAUGGCACUGCUUACUCUCCUGCAUAUGGUCCAAGUUCGCCGGAUUCUGCCCCGUCUUACCCCACCGUUUUCGGCUCAAUUCCGGCACCGCCUUCUUCUUCUUCACCAUCACAAAGCGUUCCACUUCUCAUAAUGGCCAUUACUGGACUUUUGGUAUGUGCAUUACUCAGUGGCAAUCUGUGAAGAACUUCAGUACUACAAUCGUUUUCUUUGGAAUUUUGGAAUACCCUAUUCUUUCAUCACAUUCAUGAUCAUGCAACUUCUUUUUGCAAUGUAAUAGUAUAAAGCGUAUGAUGU